AUGGCGUCCUCACUCCGUCUUCCUGCUGGCACCUUUGCUAGCAGUGCACGCUCAAGCUCCUUGAUUGCGCAGACCUUUGCGCCGGCUUCGCACCAAUACCGACCCUUUUCCCAGGCCUCGCAACGAUGGGCAUACAAGAGCAACAAUUUCUCGGCCAAGAACGUCACAGGCCCUUCGAUGAAGGCUCGGUCAAAAGAAGCCCUCAGUGGCCAGUUGCCGAAUGAUCUUGGAGUGUUGCCGGGAACCUUUGUCCGGCCGCUGUGGAGGGAUCUGCCCUCGAUUUUCCAGAGCCCGCGGGAUCGGUGGCAGAUGGAAUGGACUUGGUUGAAAAGCACGGUCCAGAACUUCAUGAGCUUGAUGAUUUAUUGCAAGAAGGACAACAAGUUCCCCUUGAUGUUGAAAGAGCGGCGGAAAAUCGCACGCCUUCUAUAUGGCGAUAUGUAUACUGCCUUUGCAGGGGGUGAUGUUUCCGGCCUUCGUCGUCUUUGUGGUGACGGUCUUGCCAAAGAUCUCAUAGCGCAAAUCGAAAGCCGCCCCAAGAACCAGCAAGUGACCUGGAACCUAGUCAAAUGGCUUCGUGGACCGAGUACCUAUUUCACUGGUAUCCGUGUUGUGUCAGACCGCGCAACUCAGAUCCCUGAAAUGACCAACUCCGGUAUUCGCCAGAUUGUCCUGCGUGUGACCUCCCGCCAGUCCAUGUCCAAAACCACAUCACAGCCUCGUGGGAAGGGUCCUACGGCAGAAGUUGUUGAGGCCCCUGCUAAGGAGCAAAACUGCGAGGAAUACUUUGUUAUCCAGGAGAUUCGCUGGAAUGGUAACAGUACUGGUUGGCGGGCCUGGGGCUAUGUCAAGCCCACGGAUAUUGAUACCGUUUACAGCGACCCAUACUUCGCCCCAGGCCUGACUGCUUUGGAGCGCAUUGAGGCCAUGAAGAAGAUGACAGGCCAGUAA